ACCCGCACCCUUGGAGUCGUCCCCGACGUCGGGCGCACGGGUGAUGACGUCGGCGUCGAUGCCGCUAUGCGAAGCGAGGAGGCAGCCAGUUGCCGUGGUGAUGACGCCAACGUCGGUGCCGCGAUGCUGGAUACGGAUCUCUGCCCUGACGCAGGAGCUGCCGCCCAAUCGACGCACAUCCGCAUGCCCCAAUCGGCCGAUCGCCGUUGCCACCGACGUGCGCGUCCACCGCCCUCCCCGUUCUACGCCUUGCACCACCGCCCCGCCACGAUCUGUCCUGACGCAGGCGCCGCCGCCCAGUCGACGUACCUCCGCUUGCCCCAGUCGGCCGAUCGCCGCCGCCAUCGCACGGGUAUAGGAGAGAAGAACAAGGAAAUGAAUACCUCUCCCAGAGAAACAAAAGCUAAUCGAGUCGUGGAGGUUGAUGGUAUGUGGCGUGCCAGGGAGAAGGAACUGGAGCUGGAGACGAAGUUGAAAAGCAGAACUAAUGGUCACACAGACUCUAGAUGCGAAAAGCGCAAGAUCAACUCAAAAAGCCUACGUCUUGUCCCAAAGAUUGAGCAAGAUAGCAGACCUUGUGCUACCUCUUCUUCAGCGAGGUAUUCACUAGCAUCUGUUACUCAGACAGAGGAUGGACUAGGAGAUGAUGAAGAACAACAUUGGUAUUACAGGAUAUGCAAAACGAAGCAAUAACCAGAUGAUGAUAGGUACAUUAUUGGGAUAGUACAAAAUUACAACUCUGAAUCCACCAAAGAAUAUUCUGCCGAUAUCCGAGGCAAAUGCGAAGCAGCAGCUUGGUAACUCCUACUAUGCCAUGAUCGUCCACCAGAUGAAACUGAAGCCUACCAAGGACGAUGCGCCGGUCAAGCUCAGGCGAUGCGUGGUGCCUCCUCCGCUGGCUGAUGGUUUGGUCACUGCAACGACAACGCAAAAUGCUCAGUUACAACUUACAACUGAGAAUCACCAAAACUUAGUUAAGUUUGGAGGGUCCUCUCUCUCUCUCUCUCUCUCUCUCUCUCUCUGAAAGAGAUGUUUGGAGUAACAAGUAGAACUGUAGAGAAACUGAAAUCUACUGGUAAUAUUAUUUGAAUCAAGCAA